GAAUCCUCCUCCUCAUCCACACAUCUCUCUCUCUCUCUCUCUCUCUCUCUGAAACUUCAACUUCAAACCACUGGGGCUGUAUUUUUGUUCAUAUUUGCGUGGCUAUCCUUGGAUUUUCUUGGUAUUAUCAAGGAUGGUUUUCUAACCACCAUGAAGGAGAAAAGCGGCUAGCUGCAGGCUACAUAUUAGACCUUCUCUGCUUCAUCAGCUUCCAGUUUUUUCUUUAUCAUCUCUCACUCUUGUUUCUUCUGCUCUUUCAACAAAAAACUAAACCUUGUCUCUUGGGUUGCUGCCAAACAUACAAGCAGGAAACAAACACCAUCAAGGUUUUAUAGUGGGAGGAUAAUUGUUUGCUUGCUUGGUUACUCCAAAGAGUUACUAUUUUUUUAUCCACUUCUCUUCUUUCUGCGGUUUCAAAGACUCUGUAGAAAAUUUCCCCUUUUGUUCUGCUCUCUCUCUCUCUCUCUCUAUCUCAGCAGUAUAUGCAGAAUCUUAUAGCAGUGUAACUUUUUCAUUUUUCCGUUUUGAGUGAGGGUUGUGUGUCCUUAGAUCCUAGAAAGCCAUAUAACAUAGGGAAAACCAAGAUCUAUAUGGCCAAUAACACAAGCCUCGGAUCCAAAAAAUUCCUGGCAUAAGAAAAAUAUGAUUAAGGGUUUGAUGUUUCACCAGCAACAGCAACAAGUAGUAGUGGAAGAGAACAUGUCUAAUUUGACUUCUGCAUCUGGUGAGGCCAGUGUUUCCUCAGGCAAUAGAAAUGAAAUUGGUGCCAAUUAUCCUCCACAACAAUACUUUGCUUCACCACCAACUCAAACGACUCAGCCCGUCAAGAAAAAGAGAAACCUUCCUGGCAAUCCAGACCCAGAUGCUGAAGUUAUAGCCUUGUCUCCCAAGAGUCUUCUGGCAACAAACAGGUUCAUCUGUGAGAUCUGCAACAAAGGAUUUCAAAGAGACCAGAAUCUUCAACUUCAUAGAAGAGGGCACAAUCUGCCGUGGAAGCUGAAGCAGAGAGCAAACAAAGAGGUGAGGAAGAAGGUGUAUGUAUGCCCAGAAACCACAUGUGUGCACCAUGAGCCAGCAAGGGCACUUGGGGACCUAACUGGGAUAAAGAAGCACUUCUGCAGAAAGCAUGGAGAGAAGAAGUGGAAAUGUGAUAAAUGUUCCAAGAGGUAUGCAGUUCAAUCAGAUUGGAAAGCUCACUCCAAGACCUGUGGCACAAGAGAGUACAGAUGUGACUGUGGAACCCUCUUCUCAAGGAGAGACAGUUUCAUAACACACAGGGCCUUCUGUGAUGCAUUAGCAGAGGAGAGUGCAAGAUCAAAUCCACUUCUUCAUUCCCAACCACCCAGUGCUUCAUCAUCAGCAUCUCACAUACUGAAUCUCCAAACCCAACUCAAUAAUGAUCCCCAAGGUCUCCAUUCUUUACAACUAAAGAAAGAGCAUCAGCAAAGCUUCAACCUCCGGCCAGAAAUGCCCCCUUGGCUAGCCUGCCCUCCUCCUCCAGCUCCUGGUCCAUCCACCAUUGAUCUCUCUUCCCCAUCAUCAUCUUCAAUCUUCUCCACAAGAUUCGACCAGGACUUUUCACGAACAUCUCACGGGCAAGAUCUGAGCAGUAUCCAUGAAAACCCUAACCCUACUAGCCUUGGCCCCACCCUCCCUCCUGCCUACCAACCAGCGCCUUCCCCGCACAUGUCAGCAACAGCCUUGUUGCAGAAAGCAGCACAAAUUGGUGCAACCAUGACCAAAACUGGCUCCUCCAAUACCACCCCAGCCGUGAUUAGGACCCACCAUCACACUCGCGUGCCUCUUCCUGCUUCUGACUCUUCUGCUGCUGCCACCAAUUCAAUCUCAAGCAGUGGUAAUUUUGGUUUGAAUUUGGCAUCACGUGAAUCUGCAGUACUACUCUCUCCUUCAGCUUCUUCUGCUACUGCUAGUACUGUGCCUGCUGCUGCUUCUUCCUCAGGUGUUCCUCCUCCUUCUUCCCCCUUUCUUCUUCAUGAUGUUAUGAGUUCUUUCUCUGGUACUUCUGGCGGUGCCGGGUUUGAAGGAACGUCUUUUGAGGAUGCUUUUGGUGGGAUUUGGAACUCCAAGAAUAAUAAAGACGGGAACUUUCUUGAUACCCUUACAAAGACAACCACCCCCGCCGGACAUCUUAGUGGAGCCGGCGAUGACGGUGGUGGAAAUGAAGGUUUGACGAGAGAUUUCUUGGGUCUUAGACCCCUCUCUCAUAAUGAGAUUCUCAGCUUUGCUGGAAUUGGAAACUACAUGAACCCGACCUCCCAUGAUCAGCAGAAACAAUCCCAGAAACCAUGGCAAGGUUAGCUCCAACAUACAUAUAUAUAUGGGGAUAUUCUUCCUUUUUUUUCAUCAAUAUAUAAUUUGAAUUUUUUUCUAUAUCUUAUUUUAUCUGUGAAUCUUCCCAAAGGGAAGUAAGAGUAGAACUAGAAACCCUUCACUCUCCCAAGAUUUUCAUUCCUUCAUCGAGGUAAGUUAUUUUUAAAUUAA